CAUCCCAUCACGAAAAGCACCGCAUCUCAACUAGAUACUUUCUAUCUGAUAGCUGUGCACAAAGCACGUGUUUUUUUGCUCUUUUAUUGGAUAUCGAAAGGGGGAGGAACCAGGGCUCUUUACUAUUCUAGUCUUUGUUUUCUAAACAGACGUUUUCUUGCUUCGUGGGGGUUGAGCUCAUCACCGCGGACACCGGCGCGUCUCUUUUCCGACCCCAGCUUAUCGAAUCUUCAGUAUUCUAUCCGACUUCCGGCGAGAAGCACAGCUUCCCGGUACAUUCGAAGCUUCACCAUGGCCACAGAGGAGCCCAAAGUUGAGGACCAACAUAUUGAGACCCACGGGGAAGGGGGCGAUGAUGAGGAAGAAAUCGCAGCGAUGAAGCGCAGGGUAGCAGAGAUGGAAUCCGAGGCUGCCAAGUUGCGCGAAAUGCAAGCCACACUGGAUCAACAAUCCGAGAAUCUACGGGAGGACAAAGAGGAGAUCGAUGCCCGGAGCAUCUUUGUGGGAAACGUCGACUACGGCGCCUCGCCCGAGGAGAUCCAGGCCCAUUUCCAGAGCUGCGGCUCGAUAAACCGUGUGACCAUCCUCCUUGACAAAUUUACCGGUCAGCCUAAGGGGUACGCCUACGUUGAAUUUGCAGAGCCUAGUCUUGUUGCUCAGGCUCUUGUUCUGAAUGAGAGCGUCUUCCGCGGUCGAAACUUGAAGGUGGUCCCCAAGCGCACCAAUUUACCCGGCAUGGCUCGUGGUCGGGGCCGAGGUGGCUUCCGCGGCGGCCGUGGCUAUGGCCGAGGUGGCUUUCCGCCGCGUGGAGGGUACCGUGGCGGCGGCUUCCGCGGACGGGGGCGAGGCUUCGCUCCGUAUUGAAGACUCGUCCAUUUGGAUUGUCUAGGUCAAGACAGUGUGUGGUUUCUUAUGCUUGUGGGCGCAUUACGGCCUCGCGCUGGAAAACAAAACGUUGGCGAUAUCUGGCGUGGACACAGCCGGCGAACAUAUUCGGGUUCAAAACGGUAAUACUUCGACUCAUUCAUAUCCUGAUUUCUUCGGAGUUGGGGACCUGGGAUGUACAAUAACUACCAGCAGACUGGGAACUGAGUGAUGGGCCUGGCCACCUUAAUCCCAUUCUGGGAUUUUAAUCAUCGUCUUCGUUACUAUCCAUCGAUAUAUUUUGGGGCAAACCCCCCCCCCCCAAAAAAAACCAACUAAUCAGUUCGUUCUCGCCAUAUUGCAUUCAAAAUCUGUACCAAAAUAACUUGUAUCUGCUCCAAAAAUUAUCAAGUCCGAGGC